UAAACCUCCACCCCUUGUGAUCAUCCUCGAGCGUCCAAAAGGCUAGUAAAACUAGGUCUUGCGCUAGUUGUGGCGCCGUCCGCGUCGGCCCAAACCGCACCAAAAUUCGUCGACAAGGUUAUUCCCCCAUCGUGAGUGUCGGUCGUUCGGUCUGUUCCGAAGCCGUGAGUAGACGCCGCCACCGCCGCCGCCGCCGCCGCGCCACAAUAUUGAUCUUUUAGGUUAUAUCCCCGAGGAGCGACUUCGAGCACUUCCAGCAGCAUCUAGUGGGGAUUAGACAUCGUGUAGUGUCCGCGAGCGGGGCCGACGCGUUCCCAAUCCAUCAGUGUCAGCGUGCAAAAGGUCCCAGCACAAAUUCCUCAAGUGCGGUGUGUAUUUUGGGUGGCAUAAGUCGCUUCAGCUGCGCGAAAAAUCGCUCCGUACUCGGUUUAUUAGUCGGUCGAGCGACACUCAGCAGUACGUUUUAGGGACUGCUGUCGUGAGCCAUGGCGGUGCCCAUUGCCUGUACGCGUUUUAGCGACAACUACGACCUUAAAGAGGAGCUUGGAAAGGGAGCUUUUUCAGUAGUUAGAAGAUGUGUUCAGAAAUCAACAGGCUUGGAAUUCGCCGCCAAAAUAAUAAAUACAAAAAAAUUAUCAGCGAGAGAUUUCCAAAAGUUAGAAAGAGAAGCCCGAAUUUGUAGGAAAUUACAGCAUCCAAACAUAGUUUGCAAUCCCGAUGUUCUCAAGCUUUUAGUGAGGUUACACGACAGUAUACAAGAAGAAAAUUUUCAUUAUUUAGUAUUUGAUUUGGUAACGGGUGGUGAACUAUUUGAAGAUAUUGUAGCGCGAGAGUUUUAUUCAGAAGCAGAUGCAUCACACUGCAUACAACAGAUAUUAGAAUCAGUAAAUCAUUGUCACCAAAACGGUGUAGUUCAUAGAGAUCUCAAGCCUGAAAACCUUCUUUUAGCAAGUAAAGCCAAAGGAGCAGCUGUGAAAUUAGCCGAUUUUGGUCUAGCGAUAGAAGUGCAAGGGGAACAACAAGCCUGGUUUGGAUUCGCAGGAACGCCAGGAUAUCUCUCUCCAGAAGUACUGAAGAAGGAGCCCUAUGGCAAACCUGUAGACAUAUGGGCUUGUGGUGUUAUAUUGUACAUUCUUUUAGUCGGUUAUCCUCCGUUUUGGGAUGAGGACCAGCACCGGUUAUACGCACAGAUCAAAGCUGGUGCUUAUGACUAUCCCAGUCCGGAGUGGGAUACGGUCACUCCUGAGGCAAAAAACCUCAUCAAUCAAAUGCUUACGGUUAAUCCAGGAAAGAGAAUUACUGCCUCGGAAGCUUUAAAACACCCAUGGAUUUGCCAAAGAGAGCGUGUGGCGUCCGUCGUUCAUCGGCAAGAGACUGUGGAUUGCCUCAAGAAAUUCAAUGCCAGGCGUAAACUUAAGGGUGCAAUACUUACAACAAUGUUGGCUACGCGUAAUUUUUCAAGUAGAAGUAUAAUCGUGAAAAAAGGCGACGGAUCUCAGGUGAAAGAAUCAACCGACAGUUCAACAACACUAGAAGACGAUGAUAUCAAAGAGGAUAAGAAGGGCGGAGUCGACCGCAGUUCCACUGUAAUUGCCAAAGAUCCGGAAGGCUCUGGAACUCCUCCGCAAUCGCCAAGAAUAGCACCUUCUUCUUCAAGUUCGCCUUCUAGUUCUGUCGCUGCCGCAAACCCACGACCCAAUGCUCUUAAUUUAGGGCAAGCUUUAUUGCAAGGGGUACAAGAUUUGGAUUCUGUUCACGAAAUUGAUACUGAACACUGGGUUGAAUCAACAGUUGGAUACAACCGCUUUCCAACCGAAGAAUCAGAAGACUCAGUCUUGGCCUACCAGCGCCUCGAAUCCUGCGAAAUUGACAUUGACGAAAUACGGAUUGUGUGCCCAGAAAAGCCGUAUUCUCAACUAUCCACAAAUUCGCAAGGUUCAGCACGAAGGCAAGAGAUCAUCAAAAUGACUGAGCAACUCAUAGAAGCGAUCAACACGGGAGAUUUCGAGGCUUACACAAAAAUAUGUGAUCCACACUUGACAGCAUUUGAACCGGAAGCCAUGGGCAACUUGGUCGAAGGCAUGGAUUUCCACAAGUUCUAUUUCGACAAUGUUCUGGGCAAAAACUGCAAAGCAGUGAACACCACAAUUCUGAACCCUCACGUCCACUUAUUGGGCGAAGACGCAGCUUGCAUCGCUUACGUGAGGCUAACACAGUACAUGGACAAACACGGCCAAGCGCACACUCACCAAUCUGAGGAAAGUCGCGUGUGGCAUAAAAGAGACAACAAAUGGCAAAAUGUCCAUUUUCACCGCAGUGGCGGCACAGGCGGUGCUGCUUUCGGCUUCAGUUCGCAUAAAUAGAACAGUACGCCAUAACUUUCAUCGAGCAUUCAUAUAUAAACUAUGUUUACUGUGAAUUCUAUUUGUGGUGAUGUGUGAUUCUGAUAUUUUUGAAUUUUAUAUUGAUUCUUAUUGUUUUUACAUUAGGUAGCGUAGUUUCUCUAUCACAAUAUUAUUGUGUUACCAACCUAUUAUUCCAUAUAAUGUCCACACUCCGGGAGACAACACUUCAGCUUGCGUUGGUCACCUUGUUGUUUGACUUAUAUUUCCGUUGUUUUCGCGUAGUCUAGUAGGUGUUAGUGGAUUUUUUAAGUCACAAUCGUGUCUAGUGAGGUACAUUGUAUGGAAUAAAUGAAUAGAUUGCCUUCUACGAUAUAUUUCUAGGCUUGCCAUUGAAGGGUUGGUAUUAAUAGCAACCGUAACUGAAGCGGCAGCUUUGCAGCACACCAAACCUAACUAUAAGAUAUAUGAAGUAACUACUUAGCCAAAUGAUUAUAGGUAAAAACAAAAAAAAGAGUAUUUAUCGGGGUUUUCAUUUGUCCUUUACACUACAAUCAGAAAUUGAAAUUCUAGGAUAGGAUUAAUGGUGCGAGGAUUAUUUUAUAUUUGUAAAUUAUUGCUUUGUUUCCGCGAUUAUAAAGUCUUGACUACUGCCUUAUUAAGGUUUAAGUAGGGGUGCAGUACUUAUUUAUUAGCGCACUGAUGCAUGGCAUUUUAUAGCAUUCAAGUAUCGAAGUUAUAACUCUUAUAGAGUACCACACACACUUCUACAGGGUGUUCCGUCUUAACCCCACAUUAGAAGUAUUGGGAGCUGUAAUAAUGAUAGUCAUCUGAAAAUUUCUAUACAGCGUUUAUAAGUGUUUUUUACUGCAUUUCUGGAUUACUCGAGUCAUUUUAAGGGAAUUUUUAUUAGUUUUUCCUAUACCUAAAUUUAGUCGUUUUCAAAAUAUUUACAGUUUUUUGAAAAUCUUUAGAUUUGCAUCUUUGACUUCAAAAAUCGAUAACUUUGCCGUUUUAAAAAAUUUUGAAAACGUUUUUGGCUUAUAUGAAAAAGAAGUUUUAGAUCUUUACAUUAGCAUUUUCAGAUUUCUAAAAAAAGUUAGCAAACCCCAAAUUUUUAAGAUUAAGUUUUCAGAAAUUCAAACACUCAUAACUUAAAAUUUUCAAAUGAAAUGCCACAAUUUUUAUUUAACCAAAUGAUAGGGAAUUUGAUUCUGCAUCGAUCUGUAUUAACAUUCCAUAUACAGUUUUCAAGUUAUACGAACUUUUUGUUGGCAUUGAGAAAUUCAUUAGCUUUAGUUUUUCUGCAUAGGUUGCAGGGGAAAGAUGAGUAAAAUACAGGGCGAUUCUUUUAGGGGCUACAUUAGCAACUUUUUAACUUCUAAUAUAGCCAGAGCUUUAAAAUUUUGAAUACGGUCAAAAUCGGCUAUUCUGAGUUCAUUUAAAUUAUUUUCGAAAUGGCUUGGCUUCCGGAACUGCGAAAAGUUGGCUCCAAGUUUGAAAUUUUAAAUAGUCACCACACAUUUUUAUUGCAUCUUUGAAUUUACCUUCUCAAGGUGAGUAAAAUUUACUUAAGUUUCUGAUACUUAUCUGUCAUAGUUUUUGACAUGUCAUUUUUUUUGUUAAAAAUUUCAUUGGCAAGGGUCUAAGAUAUCACAGCCCUUGAUUAAUUUUUAUUUUUUUUGCAUUCGAUAAUCAAAGGUUUGAGGAGUUAUCUAAAAUUUUCGAAAUUGUCAACUGUCAAAAUUCGUGGGUAGUAUGAUUUUUUCAAAAUGGUUUUCAAAAAAACUGCUAUAACUCAGUUUUUCAAACGGAACAACCCUAUUUUCUUAACGGCAAUCGAAAGAACAUCGAUAUUUAUGGUGACUUUUAUCAAUACGUCCACCUAUCUCUUACAGUUUUUGAAAAAAAUCACAAAAAACGUAAUUUUCAUAGUUAAUCAAGUAGACUUUGUAAAAGGGUUAACAAAUUGUCAAACUUCAAUAUUUUAUUUACUUUUUAGCUGGUUCAUUAUAGAAUAAGCAAUAAAAAAAUAAUAUUUAAUUAUAGUUUAUUAAUAACUUGGUGAAUUCGUAAAAUAACUCAAUCAGUCUGCCAUCAAAUUUUGAACUUUUUGAAUGAAAAUCGUGAACAAAUAGAACAUUUCAUUUAAUUAAUAGCACAGUUUUAUCGUAUUUUUCAAAAGUUAACUUGAUUAAAAAUUAAAAUAAUAAGUCAAAAUUCUUUUUUCUGUGAUUAUUUCAAAUAUUGUAAAAGACAGAUAUGAAGAUGUCAAUAAAAGUCUGCAUAAAAAUUAAUUUUCUUUUGAUUGCCAUUGAAAAAAAAGUCAGGCAAUUUGAAAAAACUGUUAUAAUCAUUUUUUAAUCAUUUAAAAAAAUCAUAAUAGCCUUUGCAUCUUGAACAGAACUUAUUCUUUAUUCAAUAGGAAAUGUUUCUUUGUUAACUGUGCAAAAAUAUCUGUGUCAAAGAAGCAACAUAACUUGAAAAUUAUCACAAUUUUGAACACACUGAAGGAAAGAUUUAAGCCUUCUUUUUUGUUUGUCCAAAUCCGAUUUCUAAAAUCCUACAAACGAUAGAAAUAUUGAUUUUUGAAGUGAGAGGUGCAAAUCCAAAAAUUUUUAAAAAAUCCUGAAUAUUUCGAAAACGGUUGAAUUUAGGUAUAGGAAAACCUGAUGAAAAUCCCCUUGAAAUAACUCAAGAAAUCCAAAAACGCAGUAAAAAAUGUACCUUUCUGUUUAAAAUAAGAAAGUUGAUAGCGACUUCCGGUAUAACCGGAAGUGCCGCCAUCUUGAAAAUAUUUUCAUUGUGCAGAACUCAACGGAUUAUGGCUGAGUACCAACUUUCAAAUAAAUCAUCUUUAUUGGAACUUUCAGUACUUCCAAUGUGGGGUUUAGACGGAAUAUCCUGUAUAAUUGAAUACCAAGUCUUUUGAGGUUAAGGUGCAACUUAAUUUCAAAAGAACACCCGAACAAUUUAAGUCGCCAAAACAGAAAUUUCAGUUGUUUUGUUUUGGUCGACUCAAGCCACAUUUACUUGACAAACAAAUCAUUUUGUACAUAGGAUAACGUAAUAGUUUACAAACAUUUAAUGAUAGAGGUCGCACGUUGCUUAAGAUGAACAAACCCCCUUUAUGUGCACUUGGGGCUGAAAGGGGUGAUUUGUACAUAAAAAAACAAUUUUGGAAUUUAAUAUUGACAUUUGACUGUUUGCAUAAGUACUAUUGACAUGUUUUUAGCUCUCUUAAUAUGAAUAUACUUAAGGAUAAUGUGUAAUCACUAUAUCUAAUUUUCACAUUUUUGGUCAUUUCAUCUACCUAAGUAUCGGUGUUUUUUUCUCGAAUGAUCAAACGAAUCGCGAUAAUCACCAGAUUGUGCGCUCAAAUAUCACAACUAACGAAUAAAAAGCGUUCGAGUGACCAACACCGAUCGAUGCUUUUUAAUGUAUUUGCUGAGACUUAUCGAAUUUAAAUGAAUUAUCCACUACAUGUUAGAAUAGUCAUUCUUUUUAGUGAAUUUGUAGUUAAAUUGUAAUAAAGUGGUUAUGAAUAAGUCAUUCUAUGAAUUGACUUUAAAUUUUGAAAUACAUAUGUUAGGCCUAAAGUAACUUUUGUUUUUCAAGUUUACGGACCAUCUAGUAUUAUUUUUAACUACAAAGUCAUCUCGCGACGUUCAAAAACAAUAUCGUUGUGUUACCGUUGUGUUGCUUUAUCGGGAAGGAUUGACGAUUUUGUACUGUUCCUAUUUUAACACAUCUUGUGAUUUUUGCAAUAUUUUCGUGUAAUGCUAAGUGAGUGUAUCAGUCCCUCAUCUCUUACUGUUUUGUUACUGAGUUGUGUGAUGUACACUGGAACGACACUGUAUUUACCCUUGCAACAACUUGUUUUAAACAAUAUUGGUGUUCUAGGCUAGUUACAAAUAUAAAUAUCAAAGAAAUUAUUGUUGCGGGUAAACAAAGUGGAAAUUCCAUUAUAUAAAGCUACUGAAUGUACAAUUCUUUACAUAACAACUAUAUUUUAAUGUUUUGUGCAAUAUAGUUAUAAAUAAUAGUGUUUAAUGUUGUUUUAAGAUGUAAGUUACAUAUUUGCUCAUAUACUUAAUUUUUCUUUAAAUAUUUUGUGUUGUACAAUAUUUAUACAGAGCAAAUGGAAUAUACUAUGUUUAAGGCGUUAUUAGUUCUGGCACUUUUGUGUAAGUACAAGACAACAACCACAAUACGUUGGUCGCAGUGCCAUACAGUUUUGUAUAGAUCGUUGAAGUUUUUUUCCGUAAUUAUGUUCAGUGGAUAAACACAUGUUAAACCUUUGAAAAUGUAUAUAAAGAAUGAUCUUAUUAAAUUUUUGCUUCUAUCAUAUUUAACAUGUACCUAUACAUGAUGUAUGUUUUCCCUUUACAAUCAAGUGUUUGAGUAAACCACUUUUAUGGAAAUUAAAUUGAAAAAAUAUUA